UUUAAACGUGUUUAAGUUUCAAAGUACGUUCUCAUAUUUGGUGUUUAUCUGACCAAACGACACCAACAAGUGUCAACGUUUUAGAAAGAAAACGUUAGCCGGGGACUUUGUUUGACUCUUAAAGCUAACCCAUGUUAGCAUUAGCUUCUGUGCUCAGGCAGCAUAACAAAGUGUCCCAAUGGAAGCACACGAUUUCUGCAUGUUUGUAUUGGACAGAUGUGACUAUUUCAUUUAUUUCGCACACGGUACAUGUGCAUUAUGAACGUAAUUAACGUAAAUUCAACACAUGACAAAGUAAACUAAAUGAAUCACCACGGUUCAAACAGCCCCAGAAACAAAGCCAGUUGGAGUCAAAAUGAGGGGACCUUUGCUGACACCAGCCUUUUCAGUGGAAACACAGUGAAAGCCUUUUCAUUUUCCCAUCAUGCAGUUGGAGGCUCAGCUGCGUCUAUGUCAGAGUUGUCUUUGGUGCUGCAAGAAUGGACUGCGGCUGCUCUCCCAGAGCUACGCACACAGGAAAGCUGUGAACUACUACGACCUCCUGGGCGUAAAAUCGGAUGCGUCGCUGGAUGAAAUAAAAAAUGCGUUUUUUAACAAAUCUAAAAAGCUUCACCCAGACAGCGACCCGUCAAACCCAGGGCUGCACACCCAGUUCGUGGAGCUGAACGAGGCCUACCGAGUGCUGAGCAAAGAGCUGAGCAGGAAGGAGUACGACUUAAAGAUCCGACACCCGUACAGCGGAGGUCACGCCUUCAGAUCUACCUCCAGUACCGUCUACGGAGCCAGUGCGGAGGCUCAGGACAGCAAUCGCUACUGGGAGCAGUUUCGUCAGUCACACACUCAGGAAGCAACGGCAGACGAGCGACAGAAAAGUCGGAGGAAGAACUUCCGCCUGGUGGCCUACUGUGUCAUCACUAUGAUGCUCAGCAUUGGAGCCCACGGCGUCUUCUUCAGGAAACUGGAAGAAGUUCACAACAACUUCAUGGAUGAGAAAGAUAGAGCAAUCAUGGAAAUUUACAAUGACUCCAAAGAGCGGGCCAGGGUCAAUGGUUUUAAGAAGCAGACGGAAAUCCUCCGUCAGAAACAUGCCGAGUAUGUGGAGAAAUACAAAAUCCGCACUGAUGGAGCGGACAAGUAGGAGAGUCUCCAGCUGUGCUCUGUGAUUACGGUGUUUGAACUGCCAGCAGGUGGACGGCUGGAUUAGUUUCAGUAAAAUUAUUCUCUGACGGUUUUAAAACAUGUUUCUGCACCUUAUUUUCCUUCAGUGUUUUUUUUUUUGCUGAAAUCUGCAGAACAUGGGUGUGAUGCGGGAGGGUUUCAAAGAGAUGUUUCUCGAACACAUUGAGCUAUACAUCAAUGGACUUGUGUGUUGAACCACUUAAAGCUGUUGCUUCAUUUGAAGUGUUGUGACUGCCAGACAAGGAAUAGGAUGUCCACCUUCUCUACUAUGUUGUCCACAGGAUCCACCACGAGGACCACUGUAUCUGCCACUAAUGAACACUCAGCAGCAAUUUUUAUCCUCAGCCUCAUUUUCUAUAUUGGUGUCUUGGGAUGCACUCCUGUCGUAUCCUCACAGGCUAGGUGAGCCUCACGCUGUUUUGAGGGUGAAGCGGUUGAGACGUGCCUCUGGCCCUGAUCUGUAUUCAGAAUUUCAUUUUCAACCCCCUCUAUUGAAAUACUGUGCAUGUCUUACCCAGUUAUGAAACAUCUGUUUAAAAGACAGAAGCUAUAAAUUCUCAAUGUAAAGACUUGAAAAGGAUGUUACUGAGUAAUGUAUUUAUGGUCAAACUGAUGUGACAACCUUUUUACAAAUGUAUAAAUUUAACUGAAGGCUCCAGCACAGAAGAGUAUACUGCCAGUUGUUAUUUCAACCCCCACAGCCAACGUUUAUCAUUCUGCCUCUCGGUUUUUAGAUCUAUUAGACAUUGCGUUCAUGUGUUUUCUGGCCGCCUUAUCUUUUCCUUGGAGGGGAACGAUUAAAAGAUCAUCUGUCUUAUCAAUCAUUA